GAUAUGGGCAACCUUUUCUUAAAUAAAAUAAAAAAACAGGCAUCUUACUUUCUACAUGAGAAAUACAAAACUGCCAGACUCUUCUUGACAGAUGCAACUCAAGCUGAACUGUUGGCUGAAGAUGCAACUGGGAAUGAUGUGGGUACCCCUGACAACAUAACAAUGACCAUGAUUGCUGAGGCAUCCUAUGAAAGUGAAGAUUACUGGAAAAUUGUUGAUGUGCUUCAUAGGAGGUUGGAUGAAAUUGACUGGAUGCAAUGGAGGCAGCUGUACAAAUCUUUGGUGUUGCUUGAGUUCUUGAUAAUCCAUGGCCCUGACGAUUUAGGAACAGAGUUUCUUUGUGAUGUUGAAAUCAUUAAAGAGCUUGGAUCAUUCAAGUACAGGGAUGAAAGAGGGUUCGACUGGGGGCUUAUGAUGCAGAGAAAAUCGGAGAGAAUCCUGAAUCUCCUGCAAGACGACGACGCUCUAAAACAAGCCCGCCUGAAAGCCCAAAGAAUCUCCGGCGAAAUCCACGGCUUCGGGAGUUCCACGUCGCCGGCGCCAUCUCCGUCGUCUUCCUCCUCCUCCUCCUCCUCCUGGUCUUCCUCCCUCGGCUCCAACUCCACAACCAGCUCCUCCAUCAGCGACGACACAGAAGACUCUAACAAAGACGUCGUCGACGACUGCUACAGUCCCGACAUAACCACAGUUUCCCCCAGGGCGAUGAUGAGCCGGCUGGACGAUAAGCCCUCGCCUUCUUGGACCCAUUGCUAUAACCGUAAAGAGAAGGAAAGCUUACUGGUAAACGUCGAAGAUGAAGAAGAAGAGGGAGACAAAGAUGACCCAAACUUCUUGGGCAGAUUAUGCUCCAGGCUUGGGAUUAGUCCCCGGGGCCAUGACUUUAGGUGCCAUAGCUUUAAGAGACUUGAUGAUGGGAAGGAGAAAAGGAUGCUACUUAGGCAGUUUUCAAGAAGAUAAUAUAAAAAUUCGUCAUU